AUGGAAGAGGAGACCAAACCGGAGAGCAGCGAGAAAACGGCCAUCUCCAAAUCUACUUCAACGAGUGAGAAACCAGACACAGAAGACGUUAAAACUGCAAAAACAGAACAGAUUUGUGAUGAUGAUGAGGAGCCCGCCGCAGUCACGGAGGAAGAGCCUCAGAAGGACCAUGAAACCCCCAAAAGUCAAAGCCAGGACACCGCCGCAGAUAAGCCGCCCGCCCAGAAGCCUCCCAUCAGCACUUUCUUUGCUCCCAGAAAAGCAGCAGCAGCAGCGGUGAAAACGGAAAGCGUGGAGGUGAGCGAAGGAGAGAAGAAGAAGAGGAAGAGUCUGGGAGAGGAUCGGAAAAGUGAGGGAACUUCAGGACAAACGGACUACGAUCCUUCGAGGCCAAACUACCAUCCCAUAGACCACGCCUGCUGGAAGCACGGGCAAAAAGUGCCGUACCUGGCCGUGGCACGCACCUUCGAGAGGAUAGAAGAGGAUUCUGGACGGCUCAGGAACAUAGAGACCCUGUCUAACUUCCUCCGCUCUGUGCUGCUGCUGUCUCCAGACGACCUCCUGUGCUGUGUGUACCUGUGUCUGAACCAGCUGGGACCGGCUUAUCUCGGCGUGGAGCUGGGAGUGGGCGAGACGGUUCUGAUGAAGGCAGUCGCUCAGGCCACAGGGCGACAGCUGGAUAAGAUCAAAGCAGAGGCUCAGGAGCGAGGAGACCUGGGGCUGGUGGCAGAGAGCUCUCGCAGUAACCAGAGGAUGAUGUUCCAACCGGCCAGUCUGACCGCCGCCGCCGUCUUCAAGAAACUCAAGGAGAUCGCAGCCAUGAGCGGGAACUCGGCCAUGAAUAAGAAAAUCGACAUCAUCAAAGGGCUUUUCGUGGCGUGCCGUUUCUCCGAAGCUCGCUACAUCGUCAGGUCGCUGGCCGGGAAACUCAGAAUAGGGUUGGCCGAGCUGAGCGUCCUGUCUGCUCUGAGCCAAGCCGUGUGUCUGACGCCACCCGCACAAGACUUCCCUCCUGCUGUGAUCGACGCCGGGAAAGGCAUGAGCAACGACGGGAAACGCUCCUGGAUCGAAGAGAAGACGCUUAUCCUCAAACAGACCUAUUGUGAAAUGCCCAAUUACGACGUCCUCAUCCCGGUCCUUCUGAAGGAGGGCAUCGACGAGCUCCCCAAGCACUGCAAGCUCACUCCAGGAGUCCCUCUGAGGCCCAUGUUGGCUCAUCCCACUAAAGGAGUGGCAGAAGUCAUGAAGAGGUUUGACGAGGCCACGUUCACCUGUGAAUACAAGUACGACGGAGAGAGGGCUCAGAUCCACAUCCUGCAGAACGGAGACGUGCGAGUCUUCAGCCGCAACCAGGAAGACAACACCUCCAAGUACCCAGACAUCAUCUCCCGCAUCCCCACGGUGAAGAAGGAGUCGGUGGUGUCUUGCGUUCUGGAUUCUGAAGCCGUGGCCUGGGACCGAGAGAAGAAGCAGAUCCAGCCGUUCCAGGUCCUCACCACACGGAAGAGGAAGGAUGUGGAUGCUUCUGAGAUCAAAGUCCAAGUGUGUGUGUAUGCCUUCGACCUGCUGUAUCUGAAUGGAGAGUCGUUGGUGAAGCAGCCGCUGUCCAGACGGAGGGCUCUGCUCCACGAGAGUUUCUCUGAAGUCGAAGGAGAGUUUGUUUUUGCCAAAUCCAUCGACACCGACAACACGGACACCAUCGCAGAGUUCCUGGAGCAGUCUGUGAAAGAUUCCUGUGAGGGUUUGAUGGUGAAGACUCUGGAGAAAGACGCCACUUAUGAAAUCGCCAAAAGGUCUCACAACUGGCUCAAGUUGAAGAAGGACUAUCUGGACGGAGUGGGGGACACGAUGGACCUGUGUGUGAUCGGAGCGUAUCUGGGGAAAGGGAAGAGGACCGGGACGUACGGAGGCUUCCUGUUGGCCUGCUACGACGAGGAGAACGAGGAGUUUCAGUCUGUCUGCAAGAUCGGCACCGGCUUUAAAGAAGAGGAUCUGGAGCAGCACUACAAGUUUCUCAAGGAGCACAUCCUCCAGGCGCCGCGGGCGUACUACCGCGUGGACUCGUCUGCGGAGCCGGACGUGUGGCUGGACGCGGUGCAGGUCUGGGAGGUGAAGUGUGCAGACCUCUCCCUGUCCCCGGUCUACAAGGCCGGACUCGGACUGGUGGAUCCAGAAAAAGGCAUUUCUCUAAGAUUCCCUCGUUUCCUUCGAAUCAGAGACGAUAAGAAACCGGAGGACGCCACCACCGGAUCACAGAUCGCAGACUUGUACAUGAAGCAGCAGCAGAUCCAGAACCAGGGGGAGAAGGCGGAGCCUGAGGAUUACUACUGA